AUGAGGAUCUAUAAAGAUAUUAUUACUGGUGAUGAGAUGUUCUCGGACACAUACAAAAUGAAGCUGGUCGAUGAAGUAAUUUACGAAGUGACCGGCAAACUGGUGACGAGAGCACAGGGCGAUAUUAAAAUCGAAGGUUUCAACCCCUCGGCUGAAGAGGCUGACGAAGGCACAGAUGCUGCUGUCGAAAGUGGUGUUGACAUUGUCCUGAACCACAGGCUUGUCGAAACAUACGCUUUUGGCGACAAGAAGUCCUACACAUUAUACCUCAAAGACUACAUGAAAAAAUUAGUUGCAAAAUUAGAAGAGAAGGCACCUGACCAGGUUGACGUUUUCAAGACCAACAUGAACAAAGUCAUGAAGGACAUCCUUGGCAGGUUUAAGGAGCUCCAGUUCUUCACUGGAGAGUCCAUGGACUGUGAUGGCAUGGUCGCUAUGAUGGAGUACAGAGAUGUAGAUGGCACACAGAUCCCCGUCAUGAUGUUCUUCAAACAUGGUCUUGAGGAGGAGAAGUUCUAA